UGCCCUUAGAUGUACAUGUGUGUACAUAGGGAAACCCGCUUCGACCACGCGAUUAGCUCGAUCUAACACGGGAAGGAACUUACAAUGGGUGAAGAAGGUGGCAUUGACCACGUGCGUAUGAAACGAUUUGAGCUGUACGCGUCCUUCCCAAAUGAGGGGUACAUCUCCAGCAUAGAUUUGCUUAACAACUUAAUCGCGACGACGAACACGAAGAAUGUGAUACAGAUUUACGAUGUGAACGAAAAGAAGGAAAAACUAACAUACAGCAUUGAAGACAUAGUAAUUAAUGACGUGAAGUUAAUAAAAGGCCGAUUGGAGGAGAAUGCCGACAGUGCCGAUUCUGCCACAGACUUCCAAGUGAACGAAUGUCUCUUCAGUGCAUACGAAAAAAAUAAAAAGUGCAAAAUAUACCAUUUCCAUUUGCUGCACAAGAAGGUGAUACAUGUGUUUGAAUUUCUGAGCGAAAUUGUUGAGAACAGCUUUGUCCUACAUCCAGACACGCACAUCUUCAUCGUCGCGUUGAGGAGUAAAGAACUGCUAGUUACACACAUAAGGGACAAAACGACUAUCUACAGGACCAAUGUAAACAAUGAACAGUGCAUAGCUAGCUAUAACAAGACGGGGAUUAUCUACGCCUACACUGUGAAGACAAAUGAGAUUUACCUAUGCAGUUGUUUUGGGGAUGAUUACAACGAUGAAUUUUUUGCAAACUUUGACAUUACAAAACUUACGGAAAAUAACAAUGUCUGCACACAUAUUGACUUUUCAUUCGAUGAGAAGAAAAUGCUCAUAGCGACGCAAAACGGUUGCAUUUACACGUUGGACGCCUACACAGGGGAUGUCCUUUACUCGUACAGCUUCCUCUACGAGAGUAACUCUCCGCUCGCCUCGCCCGUUGUACCUUCCUACCCGAUUUAUUCGUUCGACUCGAAUUAUGUGCUUUCGGGCGGAAGAGAUGGGAACCUCCACGUCUGGGACAUAAAGGGAAACCCCGUGUGCAAAAAAAAAAUUGACAACCACGUUUUGUUUGUAAAAUGGGUGUACAACCGAGUAGCGUUUGUAACGACUAGCAAUUACCUCCUAAUCUGGCAGAUACCGACGGACAAUUAGGGAAUUUAAAAGAGGGCAUG